AUGUUUUGUCCUUGUCACGAUUUUGUCCUUGUCACGAUUUCGUGUUAUAUUUCUGUGGAAACCCAAGAUGCUGCUACCCAGCCCUCUCUUAUUUCCUCUGAAUAUACAGAUUAUUCCUAUUCUUUCUUUCUUUCUUAUUCCUAUUCUUUCUAUCUUUUUCUCUCUCUUUCUUUCGGCCUUAACUUACGUUCUUUCUUUCUUUCUUUCUUUCUUUCUUUCUUUCUUUCUUCUCUUUUAUUUCUCUCUUUUCUUUCCGCUUUAACUUCUUUUCUUUCUUCUUUUUCUUUCAGUUUCUUUUCUUUCUUUUCCAUUCUUUCUUUUUAUUCUUUUUUUCCGCCUUUCUUUCUUUUCUUUUCUUUUUUCUUCCCAUUUUUCUAUCUUUAUCUCUCUUUCUUCCGCUUUCUUUCCAGAACGUCUUUUUUCUUUGUUCCUUCCUUUUCAUUUCUUUCUUUCUUUUCUUUCUUUCUUCUUUCUUUCUUUCUUUUCUUUCUUCCUUAUUCCCAUUCUUUUUAUAUCUUUCUUUCUUUCUUUCUUUUUCCUUCUUUCAUCUCUUCUUUUUUUCCUUUCCUUUUCUUUCUUUCUUUCUUUCUUUUUCUUUUCUUUCUUCCCAUUAUUUCUAUCUUUUAUCUCUCUUUCUUUCCGCCUUUCUUUCUUUCUUUUCCUUCUUUCAGUGCUUUUCUUUCUUUCUUUCUUUCUUUCUUUCAUUUUUCUUUCUUUUCUUCCUUCCCAUUAUUUCUAUCUUUAUCUUCUUUCUUUUUAACUUCUUUCUUUCUUUCUUUUCUUUUCUUUCUUUCUUUCUUUCUUUCUUUCUUUCUUCCCAUUCCCAUUCUUUUUCUCUCUUUUCUUUUUCUUUCCGCCUUAAACGUCAUUUCUUUUCUUUUUCCUUCUUUUUGUUUUCUUUUUUUUCUUUCUUUUUUUCUUCUUUCUUUUUCUUCUUUAUCUUCCUUUCUUUCCCAUUCUUUCUUUUUUCUUUUUUUUCUUUCUUUUUUCUUUCUUUCUUUUCCCUUUUUCUUUCUUUUCUCUCUCUUUCUUUUUCCCAUUAUUAACUUUAUCUCUCUCUUUCAGAACGUCAUUUCUUUCUUUUCUUUCUUUCUUCUUUUCCUUUAUUUUUCUUUCUUUUUCUUUCUUUUUUUCUUUUUUCUUUCUUUUUUCUUUUCUUUUUUCUUUAUUUUCUUUUUUCCUUAUUCCCAUUCUUUGUUUCCCUUCCUUUCUAUCUUUCUCUUUCUUUUUUCUUUCUUUCUUAUUCCCAUUCUUUUUAUAUCUCUCUUUUCUUUCUUUUCUUUCUUUCUUUUUCUUUCUUGUAUGUUUCUUUUCUUUUUUCUUAUUUUCCCAUUCUUUUCUAUCUUUUCUCUUUCUUUCCGCUUUAACUGCUUUCUUUCUUUCUUUCUUUCUUUCUUUCUUUCUUUCUUUCUUUCUUUCUUUCUUUCUUUCUUCCUAUUCCCAUUAAUUUUAUCUUUCUUUUCAAACAUCAUUUCUUUCUUUGUUUCUUCUUCCUUUUUUUUUCUUUCUUCUUCUAUCUUUAUCUCUCUCUUUUUUUCCGCCUUAACUGCUUUCUUUCUUUCUUUCUUCCCAUUCUUUCUAUCUUUAUCUCUCUCUUUCUUUCCGCCUUAA